AUGAUACUCCGGCCUAGUUUCCUUAUUUUCCAAUUCGUGUCGGCAGCUUUGAGCUACCACGCUAUGAAUUAUCAGACCGCAGCGUCGGAGCCUAUGCCUCCGUUGUCUCCUACAUCCGUAGAACGUUUCCCAGAUAUCAGUGCCUCGCUCUCCUUGGACGAUCUGGCCGACACGUUUGAGCCGUCCAUUCCGUCUCUCGACAAGCCGAUGAGCCUCAGAAGAUGUGCCCUGGAGAGAUACACUAUCAGGAGCAAAGCAGACUUGAAUCAGAUCCUUGGGUGCGAGGACAUAGAGGGGAAUAUUGAGAUUUCGCUCUUUGACGAAGCCAUUUUGAGGCUUGACGACUUAAUCUACAUCGACGGACUGCUUGAGAUCAAGGACUCUUCUGCCCUUGUAAGAAUAGAGCUCCCCAAGUUGCAAGAAAUCACGGGGGAGUUCAGCUUGUACGAGCUCACGUCGUUGGGAUAUCUUCAGGCUCCUAAACUCAAUCUCGUAUCGAAGAUCCAAUGGCGGGUCCUUCCGAUCUUAAGCACCGUCGACAUGGCCUUCGAGAAGCUCAAGAAGCUCACCAGUAUACUUAUUUCUGACACGUCUCUCAGUUACAUUAUCGGCGUCUCUUCUCCCGAGAUGUCGACAAUGAAUAUCAACAACAACAGGUUCUUAGAGUCGCUCAGUGCCGAAGUUGAAGAAGUUACCGAUAUGCUCCACAUUGGCGCCAACGGUGACCAUAUGAAUAUCGAUUUGCCUAGUCUACGAAGAACACAAAACUUGAGCAUCCACAACGUGGAACAGCUCGAGCUCGGCGAGCUCAAAGAGUGCAAGGGAUCCAUGAGCUUAGAUAAAAACAAGUUUGAGUCAGUUCAGUUGUCCAAGUUGACCAAGGUGGGCGGCACUUUAUCGUUGAACAACAACAUGAAUUUGAAGAACGUCCAGGUGGACGAGUUGGAUAUGGUAGAUGGAGGCUUGGUGCUUGCCAACAACACCCACUUGCAUAACAUUGAUUUCUUUGAGCUGUUGUCGGUAAUUGGGGGUGCUCUUGAGCUAGUUGGCCCAAUAAAGGAAGUGAAGAUGCCACUGCUUAGGCUUGUUAGAGGAAGCGCCAAAGUCAAGUCUUCGGACGAAAAAUUCAGCUGUUCUACGUGGGCCAAGAGCAGUAUUAGUGCAGUUGUUCGUGGAGGAAAGAACGAGUGUGUCAACUCGCAAAGCCAGAACUACGUUGCUAGUACGCCCACCAACCCUGAGUCCAAGAGCACGCCGCUGGAGAAGAAGUCGCCUCGAUGA